AUGGGGCGACUUCGGCUGGCCUCGAGAUGCAUGGCGCUGCUCGUGGCUGUGCACAGGACGCAGGGCCUGGCCACAACCACAUUCAGUGAGAGCUUCUCUGGUGCAGCCGCUGAUGGGCUGCGACUCAGAGUUCUAAGUUGGAACGUUGCGGCAGUGAACAACAAUCCCUUUGAGUACUGGAUCACACAUCCAAAAAGUGAAUACAAGCAGCUCAUGGAAUCUGUUGAACGCUUCAUCUCCCAACCUGGUGAGGAGGAUGUCAUGGUGCACGAAGUUUUUACUGAUGAGAUGUUCCAACGCCUCAUGGAGCGGAUGCGAUCCGCAGAACUGGAAGGGAUCGAUGUAGUGGAGAAGCUUUGGAGCUCCACAUAUCGCACCCGGCGCAUUGUCACAGAAUUCCUGCGAGAUCCGGUGAUUGGCAAGAAACGCUUGGCCAGUAUGCCGGACCGUGUGACCAACACUAUCCAACUUAUGCAGGGGCGCACCUACAGGCCGUCGGUGGUGAACUGCUAUGUUGGUGAGCUUGGCUCCCUCGAGGUUUGGUUCAGCAAAUGGCUGAGUUUCUUCUUCGAGGAAAAUGUGGACCUGGAUCAUUCUGGCUCUAAGAAAGUGUAUACUCUGCUGCAAAAGAUCCGAAAGAAAAAGUAUCCCGCGAUCAGCGAAGAGGAAGAGGCUGCCAGCAUCCCACUUCAGCUAAUGAUGCAAGGCAUUUUUGAUGCAAUUUUGAUGCGUUUGAUGCUGAGGACCGAUGUCUCCACCAGCUGGGAGGAUUUGCGCAGAGAGAUCUGCGAUUCUCUGAACAGCAAAAAGAAUGAGUUGAUCAAGGGCAUUCUGCAAGAGACCUACAAGGAUGCUGACGUGCUUUUUCUCCAGGAGGCAGGCAAUGAGCUCCUGACAUUGCUACGGGAGAAGUAUACAGAUGCUUUCCACAUAGCAGUCCCCAGGAGCUUCAGCAAUGAACGAGCGCAGAACUCGAUCAUCCUGUUGAGACGGAGUAUUUUCGCAGAGCCAACGGAGGUGGAGGUUCCUGCAGAUGGAUGGGACCCUGGAGAUCUACUGUUGCUGCGUUGCCAGGUGCACCAAGGGCCGGAGAUUGCCUUGGCGUCCUUUCAUGGUGAUACCAAUGGCCUUCUAACCGUUCCCAUGCUGUCCAAGGUAUGGCGGCAUGUUCCAGUGUCACGGCUGGUUUUCGGCCUUGAUGCCAACACGCACGAGAAAAAGGUUGAUGGCAAGGCACAUGUCUUGGAUUUUGAAGAGACCUACCGAGGACUGGGUUUGCAGGCCUGCUGGGGUGAUGUGAAGCCAAAGUUGUACACCACCUUCAAUGCCAGGACGUACCUGCAGCCGCAAUUGAACAAGGCGGCCAAGAGCAAUGAGUUGGAGGAGAAGGGUGAUCGCAAUCCCAAGGACUUUGUGCUCUUCACAAAGCACUUCAAGGUGGGUGAUGUGAUCCGAGACAACACCGGCGAAGGAAGAUACGUGGAAGACAUGGUCUUCCCCACGCUUCAGUUCCCCUCUGACCAUGCGCUGGUGGCGGUGGACCUCCUUCUGGACAGCUCUGAGCGUUCUGAGCUAUAG